GCUGCGGGCGGUGUGUGCACGGCGGGAGGGACCGAGCGGGUCAGCGCGGCGCGGAGGGCGGGGAUAACCCCGUGGUGGCCGUCACGUGGAGCAGAUGAAAGGGAAGCGGCUUGGCAGGGCGGAGAGGAGCCGGGGCGAGGGAAGGGGAGCGCGGCAGCGAGGAGCGGGGCGCAGCGCGGCGGGAGGGCCGCUGCCAUGGGACGCUGACCGGCCCGGGAGCCCGGCCCCGGAGCUGGAGCCGCUCGGGAGAGAUGCGCGGCGGCGGGGCGCCGCUUCCUCCCGCCGCGCGAUGAGGGGCUGCGGGGCCGGCGCGGGGCUGCCCGUGCCGCCGCUGCCGCCGCCUCUGCUGCUGCUCGGGGUGCUGCUGGCCGCGGCGCCGGGCGCGGCGCUGGGCAAGGAGACGGCGUUCGUGGAGGUGGUGCUCUUCGAGUCCAGCCCCAGCGGCGACUACACCACCUACACCACGGGGCUGCAGGGCCGCUUCUCCCGCGCGGGGGCCACGCUGAGCGCCGAAGGCGAGAUCGUGCAGAUGCAUCCACUUGGACUGUGUAAUAGCAAUGAUGAGGAAGAUCUGUAUGAAUAUGGCUGGGUAGGAGUGGUGAAAUUGGAACAGCCAGAGCUGGAGCCCAAGCCAUGCCUCACUGUCUUAGGAAAGGCAAAACGAGCAGUACAGCGAGGAGCCACAGCCGUCAUCUUUGAUGUUUCUGAAAACCCAGAUGCCAUUGAUCAGCUGAACCAGGGCUCAGAGGACCCUCUGAAGAGACCAGUGGUGUAUGUGAAAGGUGCUGAUGCUGUCAAGCUAAUGAACAUAGUUAACAAGCAGAAAGUGGCACGGGCCAGGAUUCAGCAUCGCCCCCCACGGCAACCCACCGAGUACUUUGAUAUGGGAAUUUUCCUGGCCUUCUUUGUGGUUGUGUCUCUUGUUUGCCUCAUUCUUCUUGUCAAGAUCAAACUGAAACAGCGACGUAGUCAGAAUUCCAUGAACAGGCUUGCAGUGCAAGCACUGGAGAAAAUGGAGACCAGGAAGUUUAAGUCCAAAAGUAAGGGACACCGAGAAAAUAACUGUGGAGCACUGGAUACUCUCAGUAGCAGCUCCACCUCUGACUGUGCCAUCUGCUUGGAGAAGUACAUUGAUGGGGAGGAACUGCGUGUCAUUCCUUGCACUCACCGAUUCCACAAGAAAUGUGUGGAUCCUUGGCUGCUGCAGCAUCACACCUGCCCUCACUGCCGCCAUAACAUCAUUGAACAGAAGAAGGGGAGCGCAGCUCCCAUCUGUCUGGAAUCCAUCAACCCAGCCCGCAGCCGGCAGCAGAGGGUGAUCCUGCCGGUGCAUUACCCGGGCCGAGUGCACAGGGCGAGCCAGCUGACGGCGUACCCCACCCGCACCAGCAUGGACCCCCACGGGAACCCCAUCACCUUACUGACGCUGGAGCGGCACGGCGAGCAGAGCCUCUACCCAGCCGCGUCCCCCGCCUACAUUCGCAGCUAUCAGCCUAUUCACUUGGACCACGCUUUAAACACACAUCACUGCAGCCUGGAGCACAGGGCUUACUCUCCAGCUCACAACUUCCGAAGACCCAAGUUUGGUGGACGCAACUUUUCCAAAGCAGCGUGCUUCUCCCGAUACGAGACCAUGUAUCAGCACUACUAUUUCCAAGGCCUUAGUUACCCUGAGCAAGAUGGACAGCUUCCAGCUGGCAUUUCCUCAAAGGGUCCUUCCCGUGCCUUUCAGCCUGGUAGCAGCAUGCUUUUCCCUCCUGUGGUACACGUAAUGCCCUCGUCCCGCUUGGAGAGCGGCAGUACCUCCAGCUUUAGCUGCUAUCACGGUCACCGUUCGGUGUGCAGUGGGUAUUUGGCUGACUGCCCUGGGAGCGACAGCAGCAGCAGCAGUUCUGGUCAGUGCCACUGCUCCUCCAGUGACUCCAUGGUUGACUGCACUGAGGUCAGUAACCAGGGGGUUUACGGGAGCUGCUCCACCUUCCGCAGCUCUUUGAGCAGUGACUAUGACCCGUACGUGUACCGCAGCAGGAGCCCUUGCCGAGCGGGUGAGGUUGGUGGUGCCAGCAGGGGUGCGAUUGUGCUCUUGGAGGGCCCCCACCAGGACGAGCUUCCAGCUCACGGUCACGGUGUGGUGGGUGCUGACUGCCGGCCUGUGCCAGCUUCUUCCUCAGGGGACCAACUGUCUAACUGCAGCAUGGAUAUGAACUAUAGCAGUAAUUCCUCACUAGAGCACAGGGAUCCAAAUGGCACUACCUCAGAGGGAGGACCUGAGGCCACUCCUGGUGCUGCCUUGGAUGUUAAAAGGAACUGGAAGAAUCCAGAGAUGGCAGGGUCGAUUUCGGAGCAGGCGUGCGCAUGCUGCUUUGAAUUCCAGCACUCUGCCCUGGAGCCUAGCAAUGGGACAGCUGACUGCAGUGCACUCUUCCUUAGCUCUCCACUGUGGGGGACGUGUGGCCAAGGAAUUGAACCACAGUCAGGGAGCACCCCAGGCUUGUACAGUAUUAACUCAGACCACUUACAUAGGACAGAUGGGGUAAAAUAUGAGGGGUUGCCCUGCUGCUUCUAUGAAGAGAAGCAGGUAGCCUGUAGUAGCAACAGUGGCAGUGGAGGUGGUGGCUGCUAUACAGAAGACUAUGCAGUGAAUGUGCAGUACACGCUUCCUGAUGACACCUUGCCAAACUGCUGUAAGGGUGUUUGUGAUCUGGGUCAACGCAUUCCCAUAAUUCCUGAAGACAGAGACUGUGAGCUGAUUCUACCACCAGAGCACCAAGGGACCCACAUAGGAGGCUGUAGCUCCUGGGAUGGAACACCUGAGCUGGACACUUACCUGCACUGUCAAGGUAUUGGAGAGGUACAGGUCGAGAGGGAGGUGUGCUACGAGGCAACAUCAUUCCUGCGGCAGAACUACUCUCAGGAGGAGGAAACUGGAAUGCCCUUUCCCAGUCCCACUCUGAACUCCCAGAAGCUUAUGAUGACCACAAAGGCCACAGGUGCUGGAUCUCAUCCUUUGGAGAGAAGCCAAAUCAGUGACUAAGACCUGUCCAGAUGAUCCCAGAUGGAGAAGUGGAGCUUAUCAGAGACUCCAAAUUCUCAUGGACUUAACUUUUUUUAAGCUUUGACAAACACACAAAAGUGGUAAUGUGGAGAAGUCCCUCCCCUACUUCCUCUGUGUUCACUUCAGUUUGAUUGUCUCCUUUGUCCUUCCUGCCUGAAGCCUUCAGGCCUUGAUUUGUGUGCAAAGCCCAUGUGGGACAUGGUGUGGAGCAUUUCUGAGCUCUAGUGCCAUUUCUAUAUUAAUGACAAAGUGUUAUUUAUAUUUUCUUUUUAGAAGUGACCUCUUGCUGAGAGGUAACACAGUGUGUUAAAUAAGCCAGGCUAUGUGUAGAUGCUGUUAUCUCCUACUUGAAGGAGUCCAGCCUUUGAUAAGCUCAGGGCUACAACUGCCUUAGAAACCAGAUAGCACCUUGAAAUAUAGUAAUCCAGAGUGAUACAGCUGCUGAAUGGAUGCUCAGAUACUGACUAAUCCCAGUAGCAAAUCCUAGCAGCCAGCAAGUUACGUGAGUGAUUUUGAGGGAGGUGAAGCAUUGGACUGUCUCCUUUCUCCUCUUCCUUUCUCCCCCCGUUCAUGCUGCUCUGAUGGUUUGGCUAGGAAGGUGUCCUGCCAUUAGGAUUAGUUUCAACAGUGGGGGUGAGGAAACAUAGCUCAGAAUGUUCUCAUCCUCACUUCCUCUAUUUAAACCAUGGACCUCAUUGUAUCUUCUGACCAGUGAAGAAUGCUGGGGACCUCUCCCUCAAGCAGAUGCUCGAACAAAAUGCUUAGAAAGUGUAUUAUUACCUUUGUAGGUAAUGAACUUUUCCUUCCAUAGGAAGUUUUUCAGGCACCUGUAGCCCCUGUUACGGCUGUGAGGAAUGCUGGCAUGUGCAGGAAACAGUGUGCUCGCAGCUUUGCUGGCUGAUUUUGGAAACAGGGUUUCUUGUUUCCUCACAGGCUGCAAGCAUGCCUAAGGGAAGCAGUGCUUUUGUGCGUGUGGAAAAGCGAGGGACUUGGUUUAAUCAUUGCUUUCUUUGCUGUGGUUGAUGUAGCUUCCAUAGAUUGAUCUGUUUUAAAGGUUUCUUGGGCCCAGCCAGUUGUGAUUCAUUUUUGUGUUGUGUACAGAGCUCUCUGUACCCCAUUAGCCUGGGCACAUACUUUUGUUCUUGUUCUUGUCCUAGUGAGGAUGUUUGUUAUCAUGAGAUACUUUAUGUCGUCACUUCUGAUAGCAAUUGUUUCCUGUGGAAACAGCAGCUUCUGAGUAAGAGGCUACCAUAGCAUGGGUUAAAUUGCCUGUCAUGCUGCAUGUGCCUGAGGACACAGUGUCAUCCUGUGGUGUAUUCACAGCAGGAAUUCUUCUAAAGGGAAACUAUUUAAUGCCCACAGUGCCAGUCUUCUGAAAAGAUUUGUCCUAAGUUCAGUACACUUUGGAGAUGUACACUUCAUAUUCUGCCAAAGCAAUGUCCUUGACAGCACUGGGCUGGUUCUGAGACCCAGCAAAGCUAACUUGUAUUCUCUGUAGUCCCAAAUGAACUAUUUUAAAAGAAGGAAAUAUCUAAGAAAUAACAAAUACAUUAAUCUAUUUCCUUUUGCUUUCAUACCCAGUAAGUUGGGAAAAAAGUUCCAUCUAAAGGAAUUCACAUCUUUUCAAUCAACAAGCACCAAAAUUCAGCUGUUCAGAGAAUUAUUACGAGGCAGUAUCUGGGUAUAAGAUUAAAAGAAAAAAUUCAAUAAACACAUUUUCUGUGUAUAAAGCUUAUUAAAAAUUUAUUCAUUCUCUGAAUGACUGAAGUAAGUGGUAUGUGUUGGGAGAACAAACUAAAGGUUUGUGAUUUUUGGAUUUUAUUUUUUUUUUUUUAGUUAAGUCUUACCCUCUCCUUCCUCCACUAAAAAAGAAAUGCAUUGUAGAAGCUAUGGUAUACUAGCUUGGUUAUUCUGCUUGGUGUUUUGUGAGGCACUGUAAAGGCCACCUAAGAUACACUGUACUUUAACUAAAACAGCAUAUUGUGGCAAAAGUGCUUCUUCAAAAGAUUAGAAUAUUCUGGCUCAUGGUGAUCCCAGAUGUACUGGUCCCACACAUUGUGGGAGUCUCUGCUGGUACAAGUCUCUGCAGGCCAUACCAGACACCCUACACCUGCCUUCUGUGCUGGGUCUGGCAUUUAACAUAAAACUCUAUGUCCAGUGCAGACUUACAGGCUAGCUGGCCAUGAUAGAUGGUUUUUAUAACAAAUGCCUUUCUACUACUUACAUGAACAGUUGUCAUUGAGGCACUAUUUAAAAUGUUUUUAAUUAAAAUUGUCUUAUAGCACUUAAAAUUGUUUUGUAUAAAAUUUGCUGUAAAGAUUUGUAAUAUGGUCAAAGGGCUCUUUCUCCUUCAUUACCAUUUUUAAAAAUGUUUUAAAAGCUAGAAAGCAUCUUGUAUAUAUUCUGUAUAUGUAUAGCAGCACAUUUCAUGUAUGGAAAUAUGUUCUCAGAAUAUUUAUUUACUAAUAUAUUUAUCUUAAGCCAUGUCUUAUGUUGAGAGUGUGUGACAUUAUUGUAAUAAUCAUUGAAAAUCACUAACACGAGGCCCUGUAAAUACAUGAUAAUUGCACACAAAGAUUUUACAGUACUUGCCGACCAAAAAUGAUUUAAGAGAAGUGUAGUUACUUGGAGUUUUGUAAGAAAGUGUACAAAUGUCUGUAUUAAAAGAAAAAAAAAAAGGCAAAACCACACAAAAAAUACAGUUUUAUUGCAUAUACAUGUGGGAGUUGUCCUUCUUGUUUUGGGGGAAAGGACAUAGCUGUUCUCUUCAAAGUACAGUCCUAGAUAUACUGAGAUGAACUCCAAUAAACAACAUUUUUUUCCUUUUUUAAAAAUAACAGGUGGGUAUGUAUAUGCCUUUACACAGCACACCAGUUAUUGGGGGGCAGUGUGGGAUAGGUGUGACACAAGCCCCUGAAACCCUGGCACAUGAGAAGUACCACACCUGCUGAAAGAAAUCCUCAUUUCUGUUUGGAACCUGCCUGUUCCUUGUGGCAGGGGAACUUAACUCUGUUGUAAUUUCAGGUAAAAGUAAUUUAUUGUCCGAAAUAAGAUUGUUUUGAGACAGCAUUAUACAGGUGGACACAGGUAAAUCAUAGCUUGAAUAGUCAAGCUAGACCCAGGUCCUUGCCCUGGAUCAUGGAAUUGCUGGUCCUGCCUAAGUGAAAAUCAAUACUGUGGUACUGGUUUUGUCAGCAGAGAGCACAAUUUCAUCAGAGAUGUUUAUGCAGACACCAGAAGAGGGGAGCCUGGGGUGUGUGGCUCUGUGUAUGUACAUGUGUAUUUAUGUAUGUUAUUGUGUACACAGUUCACCUUCAUGUAUUAUUCAUUUCCCAUCCAGUGAUACACUCACAGAGCCUUUUCCAGGAUUCUCCAGCUUCUUCCUUCUCCCAGAGAUUUUCACCUGGUAAUCCCCUGGACUUUCCCCAUGUCUCAUCUAUGUUCAAAUGCACUGUAAUUCUUCAAUCACCUCAAGAUUCAGCCAAGAAGUGAGCCUUACUUCUCUCCAGCCCUCCUUAUUUCAUAUGUGAUGACUCCAUUUGGGAUGACAGACUGUUCAAGAGUUUUAUUGUGUAGGGACCCUUCAGAGCAUGAGGACCAGUUCCCAUCCUGAUCUCAGGUACAACAGAAAAGCUUGGUCUGUGUGGGAAGACAGGCACAAGAAUAGAAGAGCAACAGGAGCAAGUGCUUCCCAAAUAAACUAUGUGCUCCUUUUUUUGCUCAGUGAACAGAAUCUUGGCAAUUGCCAGUGAUUACAGAUUUGCCUUUUUUAUGCAAGUAAGUUCAUGAAACACGGGUUUUUACAAAUAGCAUAAAACUCCUGUAUAGGGGUGACUGGUAACUCAGAUGUUGACAGGUCACAUCUGAAUCUCCCUUCUCUUCCUUCCCUCCACCUGUUUUGCUGUUGAACAUUUUGAUACUUGGUAAGUGGGGGAGGUUCUUUUUACUUUUCAGGUUCGAUGUUUAAGAAACAAAUUUGUGACAAAAUGAGAGUCCUGUGGGGCACCACAAACCUCCACAGAACCUCAAUAUACUAGAAAAAGACAAGCAGGAGCAGAUUAUUCUUAAUGGAUUGUACAUGAUGGUAACACUUGGUGUUUCUGUAACACUAUCUGCAGUAUGGUGUGCAUCUGUCAAAUCCUGUGACAGCUGUUAGGUAACGUUUGUUGUUACUUGGGUAGUGUGAAGAGAAAAAUGCCCGUAAAAGGAUGGCUAUGUUCAUACCCUGUGGAGCCAGCCUGGCCUAAUUCUCUGGCUAGAGAGACAAUAGCAUACCUGAAACCAGAUAUUUUAUCUUGCAGUGAAAGCACUUUGCUCCUGUGACUUAAAUGCUUCAUAGAAAAGUGUCUCUUUCAGAAUAAAGAACCUGUUUCCCUCAUGGGGAAUGAAACUGCUGCUUAGGAAACAGCCAAGAAAAAAGAAAGGAACAGUUCUCAGAAUCAAAGUGCCAGAGUCUCAUAAUCAGAAUGGCAAGAAAGGAGAGUAAUCUCCCCUGUGUAAGGGCAGGUUUCUAAAAGAAAAAUGAGUCUUCAUGAAAAGAUUUUGGUAUUUGUCACUGGUUUUCUGGUGUUUACAUAAAAGGUUGAUGAAGGUUUCUUAAAAUGUAGCAUUAUUUUGGCCAGGAGGAAUUAAUUAGAGAAAAGAUGAAUCUUGCAAGAAAGUGGAAACAGCAUUACACUUUGCUGCAAUUAGCAAAACAAACACUGAAAGAAUUGUUCCAGUUCUUUUUAAAAGUUUGAAAACCUAUAAACUGAAAACUUUCAAUUUGCUGUUACUUCAGAAAUUUUGUCUCAGAGCAGUAUCAUACUUUAUGUAUCAAGUAAUCAUUCUAAGCUCUAAUACUCUGCAGCAGUUCCUACCUCCUUUAUUUCAUGUUUGUAUACUCUUUAGUCAUCCUAAACUCCUGCACAAAUACACUGUAUUUAUUUUUCAUAAUUAUUAUUUACAACCAUUUGCUGAAUGCAGGGUGAACAGUUAUAAACACAGCGCAUACUUCAGCAGCGAGUCAUCUCCAGUUUGAUUUAUUCUGGUUUCUUGACAGCCCUGUGUGGUUCAUGUGAUAGCUUUUGGAUUUGUAGCAAAAUGUCUUGAGACUGAAGUUCAUGAUGCCAAAUUUCAUCCCAAAGCACAGGUGCUCAGUAAAUCUGAGAGAGUCUGAGUGGCAUGAAAUGUGUGUGUAGGGGGGAC